CGUUUGUUUCGGCGUGCCGCCGAUUUUAGGGCUCGUGCAACAUAUUGUUUGUUGUGGUAAAAUAGCAGCGAUCAAGUGUGCUGCGGCAAGGAUGCAAGAUGUUUUGACCACAGCAGACAUCGAAUAGCGUGCUUGCGCUCCCUAAAACAACAUGGAGGAAUAAAAUAGAGUAAAACAGCGGCGUCCUGCUCUAUCCAUCCCAUCGAGCACAGCACGUGAAGCAUGCAAUGCAUUUAUUCAGAAUGGGGUUUGUCGCUCGCGCUGGCCUGCCGUCGCAAAUGCAUAACAAUGUUUGUCAUAUUAUGCAUGCAGAUGUGUAGUACAGCUGCAUACCUUAGCUGUUAAGAGCCCUUGGAAAAAUGAGCCAAACGUCAGAGCCUUCAGCCGAUGCUGCUGUGACUGAAGCUCCAGUUACUCAAUCUGAAACCAAGCAAUCAACAGCAGGGAAGAAACAGAACAAAAAGAAAGUGGAAGAAGUGGUGGAGGAAGAAGAAGAGGAGUAUGUUGUGGAGAAGGUCCUGGAUCGGCGUGUGGUGAAGGGAAGAGUGGAGUAUUUCCUCAAGUGGAAAGGCUUUUCUGACGAGGACAACACCUGGGAACCAGAGGAAAACCUAGACUGUCCUGACCUCAUAGCAGAAUUUCUGAAGUCACAGAAAACGGCUGAAUCUGGAGGCAAGAGGCGGGCCGAGUCAGACGGCGAUGGAAAGGAGACCAAAAAGCGCAAGGAUGAGCCUGAGAAACUCAGAGGUUUUGCACGUGGUUUGGAUCCUGAGAGGAUUAUUGGUGCUACAGACUCAAGUGGAGAACUCAUGUUCCUCAUGAAAUGGAAAAACUCUGAUGAAGCCGAUCUAGUACCAGCCAAGGAGGCGAAUGUAAAGUGUCCACAAGUGGUCAUCUCCUUUUACGAGGAACGUCUCACCUGGCAUUCAUACCCCACUGAAGAGGAAGAGAAGAAGGAUGACAAAAACUAGACA